ACUCUCUGUAUACAGAUCACUUCCUGGACAUACAGUGAUGGGACGAUCGACUCUCUGUAUACAGAUAGGACUUCCCCGACCUCCCUGCUCUUCUCUCUCAUCAGACCUCUCAGCACAGCGCCGCAGACGCCUUCCUGGACACACAGUGACGGGACGAUCGACUCCAUGUAUACAGAUAGGACUUCCCCGACCUCCCCGCUCUUCUCUCUCAUCAGACCUCUCAGCACAGCUCCGCAGACGCCUUCCUGGACAUACAGUGACGGGACGAUCGACUCUCUGUAUACAGAUAGGACUUCCCCGACCUCCCCGCUCUUCUCUCUCAUCAGACCUCUCAGCACAGCGCCGGAGACGCCUUCCUGGACAUACAGUGAUGGGACGAUCGACUCUGUAUACAGAUAGGACUUCCCCGACCUCCCCGCUCUUCUCUCUCAUCAGACCUCUCAGCACAGCGCCGCAGACGCCUUCCUGGACAUACAGUGACGGGACGAUCGACUCUCUGUAUACAGAUAGGACUUCCCCGACCUCCCCGCUCUUCUCUCUCAUCAGACCUCUCAGCACAGCGCCGGAGACGCCUUCCUGGACAUACAGUGACGGGACGAUCGACUCUGUAUACAGAUCACUUCCUGGACAUACAGUGACGGGACGAUCGACUCUCUGUAUACAGAUAGGACUUCCUGGACAUACAGUGAUGGGACGAUCGACUCUCUGUAUACAGAUAGGACUUCCUGGACAUACAGUGAUGGGACGAUCGACUCUCUGUAUACAGAUAGGACUUCCUGGACAUACAGUGAUGGGACGAUCGACUCUCUGUAUACAGAUAGGACAUACAGUGAUGGGACGAUCGACUCUCUGUAUACAGAUAUCACUUCCUGGACAUACAGUGAUGAGACGAUCGGUUCUCUGUAUACAGAUAGGACUUCCUGGACAUUCAGUGAUGGGACGAUCGACUCUCUGUAUACAGAUCACUUCCUGGACAUACAGUGAUGAGACGAUCGACUCUCUGUAUACAGAUAUCACUUCCUGGACAUACAGUGAUGAGACGAUCGGUUCUCUGUAUACAGAUAGGACUUCCUGGACAUACAGUGAUGAGACGAUCGACUCUCUGUAUACAGAUAUCACUUCCUGGACAUACAGUGACGGGACGAUCGACUCUGUAUACAGAUCACUUCCUGGACAUACAGUGACGGGACGAUCGACUCUAUACAGAUAGGACUUCCUGGACAUACAGUGAUGGGACGAUCGGUUCUCCCCACAAAAGAGAUGACUUCUGGGAUGUGCAGUGCUGGCAGGAAAUGCCCGGCUGGUCCAAGUCCGGCCCUUUUUUAGGAAAAAUGUAACCCUUCUUCUAUUUUUAGUCCUAGAUUCUUUCUGUUUAAAAUUGCUUAUUGUUGACGGAUACUCUACCUCUGCUGGAAGGCUGUUCCAAGCAACAACUACUUUUGUUUGGUAAAAUAAUACUUUCACUUUUCCUUCUA